GUACAAUACUGUGUUGAAGGCAAUGUAAUACACCGCAGAGAACGCCUUAGCCUAUCGAACUUCCGGAACGCGCGACGUGUCGAGGCCGUCGAAUUAUUCGCGGAUGCCACGACAAUACGCCUGUGACGAUAGUGGGCGAAAGAAGACGCGAUAGUCACGCGUGUGCGGGUGACGGCUGCGGGAGCUUGGAGCUUGCCCCGCGUGGCCCAAAAUAGAAAGUGCAGAGCGUGGCCACAUGGAGACAGGCGCCAGCGCGCUCAAGAAUAGUCCGCAACAACAUUUUCGGCCUCGUGUACGUGCAGCCUCUACUUUGCUACCGAAGCCAUGGACUUUCUCAAGUCUGCCGUGGCGUCGGCCAUUUCCAAGGGGCCUGCGUUCGGGUACACCUUUGGCGACCGCGUGGACAUCGACGAGUCUAUCUGGACCUUGUACAACGGCACAAAGCGAGAAGACGGAUCGAAAUGCAGUAUAUUCUCUUUCGACGUGUCCGCGAACAAGUCUCGAUUGCCCCUCGCCCGGAAUGCGCUCCGCAAGCUACGCACCCUGCGCCACCCCGGCGUCGUGAAGGUCCUGGACACAGUAGAGACAGACGCAUACAUCUACAUUGCAACCGAAAGAUUGAGCCCGCUCAGCUGGCACGUCAAGCGCAAGAGCCUCACCGAAGAGACGAUAAAGUGGGGGUUGCACAACGUCGCAAAAACACUCAAGUUCGUCAACACUGAGGCCACUUCAAUCCAUGGCUGCAUACGGCCGGCGUCGAUAUUCUUCAGCGAGAGUGGCGAGUGGAAGCUAGGAGGGUUCGACGCCCUGAGCUCAGUGAAAGAGGAUGAUUCAGUACUACCUGCCUAUGGAAGUCUUAUCCCGGACGCGCACCGAUAUAUGGCUCCGGAGGUAUCAAAAGGAGGCUGGGAAGUCAUAAAGCAGAACCCUACGCAUGCGGUCGAUUCAUACAAUUUUGGGACUCUCAUCUUUGAGGUGUUCAAUGGCAGCUACCAAGGAAGUGAUCAGCUCGGGCAGAUGAAGAGCAUACCCCCGACCAUGCAACAGGCUUAUAAGCGCUUGUUGAACCCCAAUCCAAAAUCGCGGAUGAGUGUUGGUCAAUUCCUCGACCAAGGAAAGCGGAUAGGCGGCUUUUUCCAGACACCCUUGAUACAAGUUACCGAAGACAUUGAAAGUAUAGGUCUCAAGUCAGAGGACGAGAGAAAUGAGGUCCUUGGCAAGCUUGAUGCGGUCGCCGAUGACUUUCCCGCCGACUUCUUUAAGAUGAAGGUCCUGCCGGAACUUUUAAAGUCUGUCGAGUUCGGCGGAGGCGGGGCAAAGGUAUUCGGCACCGUCAUGCAGAUCGGUGCUAAGCUUUCCGACGAAGAGUACGAAACGCAAAUCACGCCAGUUGUUGUGCGGUUGUUCGCGAACCCUGACCGCGCUAUCCGUGUCUGCUUACUGAACAACCUUCCUUUAAUGAUCGAUCAUCUGCCGCAAAAGAUCGUCAACAAUCAAAUCUUCCCGCAACUGGUCACCGGCUUUACUGACGUUGCGCCUGUUGUACGAGAAGAAACUGUCAAGUCCGUUUUAGUUAUCGUGCCAAAGCUUUCCGAUCGUGUAGUGAAUGGAGAACUAUUGAGACACCUUGCCAAAACUGCGAAUGAUGAGCAGGCUGGUAUCCGCACAAACACAACCAUCUGUCUAGGAAAGAUCGCGCGGAAUCUUGGAGCAAAUAACCGAGCCAAGGUUCUCUCAGCUGCGUUCGCACGCUCACUCCGAGAUCCCUUCAUCCACGCUCGCAACGCUGCGUUGAUGGCGCUUUCCGCAACAGCCGACCUAUUCAGCGAAGACGAUUGCGCCUCGAAACUACUUCCCGUCAUGUGCCCAUCGCUCGUCGAUAAAGAGAAGAUGAUCCGCGACCAAGCACAGAAAACAGUGGACAUAUACAUAGCCCGCAUUAAAAAGUAUACCGCCACAAUGCCUGACACAGUCCUUCCAUCUACUUCAAUCGCCUCUGCGAGCGGAGGAAAUGCCGCUCCCCGCAUGGGGACUCCCGCGAAUGACAGCACCUGGACUGGAUGGGCUAUAUCAUCGUUUACAAAUAAACUCACAGCAGCGAGCGGCCAAAUGCAAGCCGGAGCCGCGAGCAACGGCAGUUCCGAUCAGCGUUCGCAAUCUGUGCCUCCACCAGCGGUUCCUACCGCAAGCAAACCCUCUCUUGCGCCCUCAUCGCGGCCGGGCAUGACGCUCACCAAAUCCGCCGCGGAGAUCCCAACGAUAUCGAGUCCAGGCCCCGUCGAUGCAUUUCACGAUGCGGAAGAGGACUUUGACGGUGAUUGGGGCGCUUUCGGAGAUGACGAUGCGUUUGGCGGCGGCAGCAACAGCAGCACGGGUAAAAAACAGGACGAGGAUGACCCGUGGGGCACACCAAAUGUGUCCUCCGCGCCAGCAACGACGAAUUUCGACGACAAAGGCGAGCCUGAUUUUGCAGGGUGGCUGGCUGCGCAGAACCAAGCGAAGAACCCUGUCACGAAGACGCUGCCGAAAGGCUUGGGCAAGGCGGGCACAGCGACCAAGAAGCCGGUGGUGGCAAGGACGCCGGGUGCGCCGAAUGUGAAGAGGGUUGUUGUUGCGCAGCCGAAGAAGGAGAUUAAAAAGGUGGAGCCGCAGAAGAAUGAGGAUGAGGAUGAGGGUUGGGGGGAUGCUUGGUGAGGCAUAGCGUAUAUACCCUUGGGUUCGCACUGUGAUUUUUCAUGUAUAUGAGCAUUGCGCUGGCGUUUGGGUAGACGGGCUUGGAUAGUGGAGACAGGGAGAUGAAGCAAAUUCGUUCCUGAGUGUUGGACUGCACAGUGUCACACAAAGCUUUGCUAGCCACAAUAGGGAGCAAGAGGGAUAACCCACCUGGUAGCUCUUCCACACGCUGCAAGGUCGGCAGGCUGAGCUCUCCACGGAAAGUCUGUAUGUCAAGCGGAAUGUGUCACGCGGUUCAUACGAUUGGCAAC